UAAAAACGAGGAAUCAUAGUACAAUAUCUAACCAAUUAUCUAUUGUAAAGCUAGCAUUUUCGACUACUUGUAUUCAACGAGUCCGGCAUCGACAUCGCCGUGCGUGACAUAUUUUUUUAGAAGCACUCAACCAGUAACCUCACCACUCAAACAGCAGACGUUUCAAUAUUAUAAUAUUCUGUUCAUCCGCUGUGAUUUUACACAACGACGAUGAGUGGAAGCAGCGGAAGUAGGGCAGACAAGUCGGAACUUACCAAGCACGCUGCGGGCCAUAUUUUGCAACGUGCCUCGCCGUUCGUAGUCCACCAAAUGUAUGACUCCAACCGUCAGCUGCUUAACAAUGUGAACAGCAAAGGCUACAAGAAAAUUGAACAACUCGUAAAAAAUACAUUUCCCACCUGCGACAUCAAACAGAUACGUCAAGUCCACGCCCCGCAGAUGUACGGCAUGUAUUUGCUGAGCAAGGAAGAAUUUAGGGCGCAAGGUGUCCAGGAGAAGUUGUUGUACCACGUGACCUCUGAGUCCAGCGCCCUGGAAUCACUGGAGAGCGGACUCGACUGGAGGCGCACUGAGCGCGCUAAGUUCGGGUGUGGAGUGUCGUUCAGUAGCGACGCCGACUACGCUAACUAUUAUGCAAAUAGUCACCUCGGUGAAGACUCACGAGUGCUUAUGAUAUGCUGCGUGCUGGUUGGUGUAACGUACGUGCCGAAGGAGAUGUUCGCAAGGUCCUUGAUCGUACCACCCGACCGUGCGGACACGACGGUUAGCAUAUGCCACAAAGUAUAUGUAAAGUACAACGAUUAUGAAUUUUAUCCACUGUACUUUGUAUACUACCGGCUGAGACGUGAACAUCUGUUCAGUAGCAAAUAUUUCAGUAGAAAUAACCGCCGGACACAAUUGCAAAUAUCGUAUUUGCCUGUCGAAGAUCAGAAGGAAAAGGAGGAAUCCGCCCAGGACGCGGGUUUGUCCAUCGACGGUCUUGACAAUGAGUCUCUCUGAGUUCUAAUCUUUACAGUAUAGAAAAUUAUGAUUAUUAUAUUAUAAACGAAAUGUUAUAAAUAAUGUUUUUCAAAUUUACGCAACUGGACAUCAAGUAUUAUCUAUAUAUAAUUAUAUGGAUUUUACAUACUAUUCGAUAUCCAUAAUCGCAUGUUUUUUCUAUGUCUAAAAGCUAUAUUCAUUAAUAUAUCGCAAUUGUAUCAUGCCCGACUGCUUCACGCAUUUCUGGGUGAACGAUUAA